AAUGCUAUUUUUUCAAACAUCGUAGCAGGUUGUCCGACAAAACACUUCGGGUAUAACUGCGAAUAUCGGUGUCACUGUGAUGGGGAUGAAGAUUGCAGUCAAGACGGGUCUUGCCCAAAUGGAUGUGCCAGUGGAUGGGAUGGAGAGUAUUGUCAGCGUGGUAAUGUUGCUGCAGGAAAGUCUUCAGACGCAUCACAGGGAACGACCUAUGGCACGCAUUACGCCUCUUUGGCUCUGGAUGGUUAUACGAAUCAGGCGUUUUCAAGAUGCAGUCAUACCAACCAACGCGAACAUUGGUGGCAGGUGGAUUUAGGGAGGGACUAUGUUCUAUUUACAGUGACAAUAUGGACAAUGGCUGAAAGUGAGUGCAAGAAAAAUACGAUAGGUACAGAAUACAAGGGAACACAGAAUACAACGUUGAUGGGUUUCACCUGUGCGGAUUGGCUUGUAUUCGAGAAAGCCAGAUAUAGGCCGGCUGACUCCUACAAUUACUGUCGGAACCCAGACGGUGACGCUCGUGGACCUUGGUGCUAUAUUACAGCCACAGACCCACCUCCCUAUGAUAACUGCUUUAUUCCACCCUGUAAAACAUGCCAAACCAAGCGCUAUGGCCCCAACUGCAACAACCGAUGCCAAUGUGCCAAUGAUGACACGUGUGAUGACAAGACAGGACAGUGCCCAUCUGGGUGUAAAGAUUUUUUCACAGGCCCUUACUGUAACAUAGCAAUUACCUGCGACCCACCGUCACGACUGUUAAAUGGAAAAGUUUCUACCACCUUUCUAGCAACCGUUGGUUGGUUCGUGAGUUACAAGUGCGACAAAGGCUUCGUUCUCGAAGGGAAAGAGAAUUCAACCUGUGUCGAGAACGUUUACGGUCCUGGUAAUGUGGCAGACUCAACUCCCGUCUGUAGAGCAAUAACCUGCGACCCACCGUCCCUAACAAAUGGACAAGUGUCUGUCCCAAAGCCUGUACUUCUAGGUUCAGCCGUUAGCUACCAGUGUAACACAGGUUACGUUCUAGAAGGGAAAGAGAGUUCCACCUGUGUCGAGGUUGGGACUGGUAAUGUUAAAGGGAGCUGGGCUGACCCGACACCCGUGUGCACAGCAAUAACCUGCGACCCACCGUCCCUAACAAAUGGACGAGUGUCUGGCCCGAAGCCUGCACUUCUAGGUUCAGCCGUUAGCUACCAGUGUGACACAGGUUACGUUCUGGAAGGGAAAGGGAGUUCUACCUGUGUCGAGGAUGGACCUGAUAAUGUUAAAGGGAAAUGGGCUGACCCAGCACCCGUGUGCACAGCUAUUACCUGUGAACCUCCUGUCAUAUCAAACGGACAUGUAUAA